AUGACACACGUUACCGACGGCUCCAAGGUCUUUGAGGACUGGGUGACCGUCCUCGCCACACUGCCCGCGCUCCCGUUGCCGCUCAACAGCCAGCGCGUCGCCUUUGAAACGGAGCGUCUCAUCAUCCGCCCGCCUGUCGAGGAAGACCUUGCCGCCUUGCACGAGCUGCGCACCCAACCCGAGGUCAUGGCCAACACCAGACGCGGCCUCUUGGACGACGACCUCGAGUUCACCCGCGACCGCCUCACCCCUUUUCUACCGCCCGGCGACGCCAAAACAUACAACUGCGUCAUCUGCCUACGCGAGGCGGGGGACAACAAGCUGGUCGGCAUGGGCGGCGUCCACAAUUUCACCGGUGGGUUCGGAUGGCCCGAGUUGGGCUACAUGUUCCGCAAGGAGUGCUGGGGCAAAGGCUAUGCCACUGAGUUUGUCCGUGGUUUUCUGCAGCUGUACUCGGCGUUGCCGCGCACUUCAACACCGGUACCGGUGCGGGUCGCGCGAGCCUCACUGCCUCCGGAGCUGGCAGCCAAGGCGGGCCCUGGAUCCAAGGAGAUGGUCGACGAAAGCUCCAACAGCCCGGCGGCAUUGGCGUCCACGGUGACGGCAGACACGGUGGUGGUUGAAGAGAUCCUGAUGGCGAUUAUAGCGGAUUACAACAAGGGGAGUCUGGGGGUUGCCGGCAAGGCAGGGUUUGAAAAGGUCUUCCAGUUCUCGGAGGAGGACAAUCGGAAGCCCGGGACGGGCAUCCAGAUUUUUGUGCACUUUCUGCAGUACUUUCCCGGACGGAAGACACUAUCAACUGUUGAAGCUUGA